AUGCCGCCUCGUCCACGUCCCCGCGCUGUCAAUCGUCCUGCAAGUAAUGCCAGCUCGAGCACACAGUCUGCAUCACAGCCAUCGUCGGCCCCUGCUGCGAAAAGCGCUCGUGAGCGAGAGCUCGACAACGAUGACCAACUUUUCAUGCGAAACAGAUCACGGACAGCACAAGACUGGAAACGACUGGAGACCAUUGAGAAAGGUCUUUUUCGAUCUAUGCGAUCCCAAUUGUUCCUCAGUAACGCCUGUCUUGUUUCAGCGGAAGAAAUCAAGAACGCUGCUGCUGAAGUCAGCUCUUCAGAAUCAGAGGGGUCAACGCCACGAAAGAAACGUAAGGCCCACAGAGACAGAAAGGGCAAGAAAACUCAAAACAGCUUGCCAGAAUGGACGAGGCAGAGUAGUGUAACGAUACUGUCUUCCGACUCUGAUGAUGAUCUAGAGGUCCUAGAUGGCCCACCUACAAGUCAGAGACAUGACUCUAUCGAAGCCUCGAGGAAGUCGAACAAGCGCCAGCGCAGUCGAUCUCGCUCGCUCACGCCUCCUCCUAAACUAACCAUGCAACAGCUACAGAACGCUCGGAAUGUCGUCAGACAGACACUAGAGCCCACACCACGUGCACCAUCACCAGGGAACUUUUCUUUCGACGACUCCACGGACACUAUAGUCCUUGACCCAGAGUUCGCCUCGAUCGCCAGCGCUGUAAAGAAGCAGUCACAGCGCUCCUUCGAGGGAGGCCAAAACAGCCACAAAUCCGAUGCGAACAAUGACCGGGGCGGAGGGCCAGAGACUGUGACUAUCAGGGUUAAGUGGAGACCUCAUCCUUUGCACACUGGCGAAAAGCCGGAAGUUUUCCCCUUUACAAUGAAGCGGCACGAAAACUUCCACAGACUAUUGUCUGAGAUAGCUGACGAGAAAAACAUGCUAGACUAUAACAUUGUCUUGACCUACGAACGCUCUCGAGUCGUGGCAGGUGCAACGCCCCACAGCCUCAAAGUUUGGGCUGAAGCCGAGAUGGAGGCUUCUACCAAAACAACCUUCGAGUAUAUACGCGAAAAUCCACAGCACAACCAGCCGACUACGUUGUCGCAUGUCAACGGGACUUCCCAAUCUCACAACACACGCGCACCCUCUCUGCAACCAGGUGGCGGAGAUUCGGACGAGUCUGACUCUGACGUCCAGUCGCAAGACGAUACAGAGGACGAAACGUUCAAACUUGUUCUUCGCUCGGCAGAGACCAAGAACAAAAACAUUACGCUCACUGUCCGACCCACGACGACUUGCGGCGCAAUCGUAAAAGCGUUCUUGAAGAGGGCUGGAUUGGCCGAGAAGUACCCUGAGGGAAAGAGCGCGAGGAGGAAGAGUGGUGCAGGUGUGGGACCGAGACUGGUCGUGGAUGGAGAUAAGCUGGACCCAGAGACUCCAAUAUCUGAAGCGGAUCUGGACGAUGGAGACCAGGUCGAGGUCGUUGGGCUUUGA